CGCACAGCAGCGCUCACCCGCGGGCGCUUGUGCUGCGGGCCGCAGGCGGGCCGUGUGUGACCUCCCUCAGGGCUGCGAGAGGCGCCACCAGCAAGCUUAGGGAGGAACUCUCUUCACACGUAAUUCAGUUCUCUUCUAGACGUAACCACCAGGUAGAUUAUAAAGAAUGAACUGCAUUGCCAAAAGCGUUUCGCGGUCAGUUCAGCACGGCCGAGCUGCGUGGCUGAGGAACAGCUCUGCUCGCUCUGGAAAGCAGCGUUUUGGCAGACUGGUUUUGGGAAUAGAGACGAGCUGCGAUGACACCGGCGCUGCUGUGGUGGAUGAAGCUGGCUGCGUUCUGGGAGAAGCACUGCACUGUCAGAAGGAAGUUCAUUUACAAGCAGGCGGAAUAAUUCCCGUGGUGGCACAGCAGCUUCACAGAGAAAACAUAGAGCAAGUGGUUCAAGAGGCCCUUUGUGCCAGCGGCGUUUCUGUGGCCGAGCUUGCGGCUGUGGCAACCACAGUGAAACCUGGGCUCGCUCUGAGCCUGGGUGUGGGGCUGCAGUACAGCCUGAGCUUGGUCAACAGGCACCAGAAGCCCUUCAUCCCCAUCCAUCACAUGGAGGCUCAUGCACUGACCAUCAGGCUCACACAUCACCUGGAAUUUCCCUUCUUAGUUCUCCUAAUCUCUGGAGGCCACUGUCUCUUGGCAGUAGCACAGGGAGUUUCAGAUUUCCUCCUGCUUGGACAGUCCAUCGACAUUGCACCGGGUGACAUGCUGGAUAAGGUGGCACGAAGACUGUCUCUAAGAAAGCACCCGGAGUGCCUCAGCAUGGCAGGGGGGAAGGCCAUAGAGCACUUGGCUCAGACUGGGAACCAGGAACUGCUCACCUUCCGACUGCCCAUGCAGCAGUAUCGGAACUGCGACUUCUCUUUCUCCGGACUCCAAAACCUCGUCAAUAAUGCCAUUGUACAGAAAGAAAAAGAAGAAGGUAUUCAGGAAGGUGAGAUCCUGUCCUGUGUUAAGGAUGUUGCUGCUGCCGUACAGCACGCAGUGACUGUUCAUAUUAUCCAGAGGACGUAUCGAGCCAUGCUCUUCUGCAUCAAAAACGGCAUAUUACCAUCCAAAACUGCCACUUUGGUUGUAUCAGGAGGAGUUGCAAGUAAUCAGUAUAUCCGAAAAGGUCUACAGAACCUGGCAGAUGCAAAUGAUUUUGCUUUACUGUGUCCUCCCCCGAGACUCUGCACUGAUAAUGGUGUUAUGAUUGCAUGGAAUGGCAUUGAAAGGUUACGUGCAGGACUGGGUGUUCUACACAGUACUGCUGGCAUCCGCUAUGAGCCAAGAGCUCCCCUGGGAAUUGAUAUUUCAAAAAGAGUUGAAGAAGAUUCCAUCAAAGUGCCAAAAUUAAAAACAAUACGAUGGUUGGCAUCUUAAAAAGUAACUUAAUAAAAUAAAUGCAACUAUAAAUUGUUCAAUGAAAAGUGUGUAAAUGCUGUUAUGUUUAGUGACAAUGCCUGGAUUACAAGUGUUGAAAAUCACCUGUCAGAGAAACAAAUGCUGUGUUGCUGUCACCAAAGUGAUUCCAGUUACUAUUCCAAAUGAAGCAUUCUCAGUAUUAAACCAUAAAAAGCUUAAAA